AUGACGCAAUCCCUGGGUAUUGAACAGUAUAAACUCUCGGUCGUAUCUGGUGGGAAACCGACGUUGAAUAAUUUCAGUUCAGUGACCGGCAAUAAGAAUAUUGCCCGUCUGUCACACGACCAACGAAACUAUAUUAUCCCUUUCAACAACCAAAUUAAGGUAUAUUCAGUGGAAACUAGACAAUGUGUCAAGACUUUGAAGUUUGCGAACAAUUCCACGCUGUCCGAAAUCUUUUCACAGGAACAAGACGAUAAUGAAUCCAUUGUGAAGAUACUGCUGGGUGAUAUAACUGUUUCGCAACAGGAGGAUGCUCAUCUAAUUACAGUAUUCACCAAGAAUGGCCAUGUGGUCGUUCUAAACUAUAAAGGAAAACUGGUGGAGUCCCCUAAGCACUUCAAAAUCUCCUUGGAAAAUGAAAAGCUUUUGAAUGUUUUUCAUAAUAAGGGCAGCUACAGGCUUUUGACGACAUUCAAGGACCCCAGCCAAAAGGCACACAACUCGUUACAGUCAUAUAGAUUACACGGGCUGGAGUUUAAUGACACCAAGAAGCAAUUUGAUGUAACUGACCAAGCAGAAUGGAAUAACAUCAUAUUGUCGAAUGUUUCCUCCAACGGUAAACUAUUGACUCAUAUAUGCAAAGAUGCUUCAACCAAAGACCAUGAACACAAAUCUAUUUCAGUUGUUUCACUUUUUGAUGACUCCGUCAAUAUGAACUUCCCCCUCAGUUCCGUCCUUUCUUCACAGACUCAAUCCCUAUCCUCUAAUACAAGAUACGUUUCAUGUAUGGCUAUAGACAAUGUGGGUCAACAAUUAGCCAUUGGGUUUGCCUCUGGAGUUAUAAGUAUUGUGAACCUGGCCGAUUUACAAGUAAGGUUGCUCAAAUGGCAUAUCGAUUCCGUUUUAUCACUAGCAUUCUCACAAGAUGGAACCUAUUUAUUGUCUGGUGGUUGGGAGAAGGUUAUGAGUUUAUGGCAAUUAGCAACAAACUCUCAGCAAUUCCUGCCCCGUUUGAACGGUAUCAUAAUCGACUGUCAAGUAUUGGGGCCACAAGGUAACUACUACUCUCUAAUUUUACAGAUGACUGAAAACAACUCAAAUUCUGACUAUCAAUUUUUACUCUUGAGCGCUUCAGACUUGACCUCUAAAUUAUCGAUUAACGGGCCAUUACCGGUGUUUAGUAGCACCAUAAAGCACAUUCAGCAACCGAUCUCUGCCAUCAAUACUAAGAACUCCAGCUCAAUUGGCUCCCUCAACCACUCUAAAAAGAAACAAUCAAGAAAAGUGAUUAAAUCGAAAAGACAGGAUUUUACCACAAAUGUAGAAAUAAAUCCUAUUAACAAGAAUUUAUAUUUCUCACACAUUUCUGCUAUUCAAAUUUUUGACUUUUAUAAAAACGAACAGGUUAAUUAUCAGUAUUUAACAUCAGGUGUCAAUAACUCAAUGGGUAAAGUUAGAUUUGAACUUAAUUUACAAGAUCCAAUAAUAACUGACUUGAAAUUCACUAAAGAUGGGCAAUGGAUGAUUACAUACGAAAUUGAAUAUCCACCAAACGAUCUUUUAUCUUCCAAGGAUUUAACCCAUGUCCUCAAGUUUUGGACUAAGAAUGAUAAUGAAACAAGUUGGAAUCUAAAGACAAAAGUGAUAAACCCACACGGAAUAAGUGUCCCGAUUACCAAAAUUUUGCCUUCUCCAAGAUCUGUCAAUAAUAGCCAAGGCUGUUUAACGGCAGAUAACAAUGGUGGGUUGAAAUUUUGGUCAUUCGACUCUCAUGAAAGCAACUGGUGCUUGAAAAAAAUUUCCUUACCAAAUUUCAAUCACUUCAGUAAUUCUGUCUCUUUGGCUUGGUCUCAAGAUGGGUCUCUAAUAUUCCAUGGUUUUGAUGACAAAUUGCAAAUUCUAGAUUUCGACACUUUCAAAAAGUUUGAAUCUUUGGAAAAUACAAAGACUGUCAGUGAAUUCACAUUAGACUCUGAAAUCCAAACCGUUAAAUUGAUCAAUGAUACGAAUUUGAUCGUAGCUACCAGAACUACAUUAAGUGCAAUCAACCUAUUGCAAGGUCAAGUUAUAAACAGUUUUGACUUAUAUCCGUUCGUUAACGGAGUUUACAAAAACGGUCACCUGGAUAGACUGAUUACUUGUGAUGAAAAAACAGGCAACAUUGCACUCGUAGUAAAUCAACAACUAACUGAUUUUGAAGGUAUACCAACCACGAAAUACAAAUCCCGUAUUAUUAUAUUUGAUUCUGAAUUAUCUAGAAAAUUAGGUAACUUCACACACUGCGAAUACAUAUCUUGGAUCGGUUGGAAUUAUGACACUGAUUUCAUAUUCCUGGACAUAAAUUCCACAUUAGGUGUUGUCGGAACCACCGUGAAUACUCAGUUAUCCGAUGAAGUUAAUAAUGAAAGCAUAAUGGAUGGACUGGUAAGUAGCACCACUACUUCUACCGUCUCAAACACUGAUGCGUUUGCAGAGCAACUAAAAAAAUUAACAUCAAGAGGUAAAAAAAGUGCUGCUAGGAAUAAUAAUGCUGAUAGUAACGACGAAGAUGAAGAAGACAUCACUUUGGAAUUUAUAAACGGCGAAAAGAAGGAUAAGCUAGUCAAUAUGAACAGUUUUACAAGCAUGUUUGACAAUAUUCAAAAUGUGCAAAUGGAUACAUUUUUCGAUCGUGUAAUGAAAGUGAUCACGUAG